AUGGCCCCUUCGCUCCUUUCCCUGGGCGCUUCUGCCCUUGUCCUUGCUGGCAAUGCCGCCGCCGUUCAGUGGUAUCUCCAGGACACAUAUGACUCGAGCAAUUUCUUUCAAAAGUUCACCUUUGUCACGGACGCCGAUCCAAACCAAGGCUUCGUCCAGUACAGGAGCCAACGAGAUGCCGUCAAUCUCGGAAUCGCCAGCACCGCCGGUGGCCAAGUGUCCUUGGGAGUCGACAGUUCUAGCCUCCUGACAAGUUCCUCCAACGGCCGCAGCAGCGUGCGGGUCGAGUCCAACUCGAAAUUCAACCAGAACCUGAUUAUUGCCCGGUUCACUCACCUGCCCGAGAACAAGUGCGGCACCUGGCCCGCCUUCUGGACUGUCGGUGACAACUGGCCACUGGACGGUGAAGUCGACCUGCUCGAAGGCUGGAACACCAACCCGUACAACAAGCCUGCUCUUCACAUGGGCGACUCUGCCACCUACGGCAGCUGCACUCUCGACGGGGUCGGCCAGACAGGAACCCUCGCCACGUCAAACUGCGACAACCGGUACUCGAACCCUCCUUUCCAGUACGAAAAUCAGGGAUGCGUGGUCAAUGACCAGGCUGGCCCCUGGGCCUCGGCAAAUGGCGGCACCUUUGCUCUCGAAUGGACCAAGGACUUCAUCAAGGUCUUUACCUGGCCUGCCGGCUCCGCCCCUACCAGCAUUGCUUCCGACUCGCCCGACUCUUCCACCUGGGGUUUGCCAGUUGUGUACCUGAAGGCUUCCCAAUGCAACAUUGACAGGAUCUUCAAGAACCAGCGGAUAAUCCUCGACAUUGCGCUGUGCGGCAACCCGGUUGACCGCCCGGGUAUCUGGGACCAGUGCCAGCGGCUGACCGGCAGCACUUGCGCCGACUAUGUUCGCAACAACCCGAGAGACUUUAGCAACGUGUACUUCAAGGUUCAGGAUAUCCGCAUAUUCAGCCAGAACUCACAGACCAGCAGUUCCACGACCUCGACUACCUCCUCUGUCUCGGCUUCUUCGGCCUCGUCUUCGGCCUCGUCCUCGGCUUCUGCGGGCACCAGCUCUUCGCCCUCCUUCUCCGCCCAGUUCCGCAACAGCACCGCCACUGGCAGCAACACGGCCUCGACCUCUGCAGCCGCUCCUACAACCUCCUCCUCCCAGCCCGCUGGCCCUACUGCAUCCGGGUCCGGCAGCUCCAUCUCCAUCCUCAGCGGUCCCGUCAGCUCCGGGUCUGCCACGCCUCUGACCACCUCGACCGUGUACGCCACCUCCACCUACACCAUCACCAGCUGCGCACCCACCGUCACCAACUGUCCCGUCGGCAAGGUCACCACCGUCACCAUCCCCUUGUACACAACCGUGUGCCCCGUCUCCGGGAAGAAGGACGCUUCUGCCACGCAGCCUGCCGGCAUGUUUGUCGAAGCGUCUGCUUCGGCGCCUGCGCCUGCGCCCGCGCCCGCCACCACCAUCACCACCCGGGUGACCAGGACCUACACCGUCACCAGCUGCGCCCCCACCGUCACCAACUGCCCCCUCGGCAAGGUCACCACCGAAGUCUACACGACGACGUACUGCCCCGGUGAACAGACUGGUGCCUCGGCCGGAUCCAUGGGCGGCUUCACCCAGACUCUCCUCUCCCCAGCGGCGUCGACCGGCGUCUCGGCCGGGUCCAUGAGCGGCUUUACCCAGACUCUCCUCUCCCCGGCGGCGUCGACCGGCGUGCCGACCGGAUCCGCGGGCGGCUUCACCCCGGCGGCGGUGACCACCGCUCUCUACGAAGCCAACACUGCGGUGCCCCAACCGCCCGUGCCUAGCAACCUCAACAGCACCAGCGCCAGCACCAGCGCCGCGACGAGCGGCAGCAACUGCCCCGGGCCCAUCUGCCCCAUUUCCGCCGCCAGCAGUCUCUCCAAACACGGCGUGAGCGCCUUCGCCCUCCUUGCUGCCAUUGCGGCCAUGGUGCUGUAA